AUGAAUGGCUUAGAAAUGGACUUAAUUGCUCAAUGGAUACUUGAAGCCUGGCACAAUGUUGAUUUCAAUUUUAUACAAAAAGCCUUUAAAGUUUGUGGCAUAUCUAACUCACAAGAUGGUAAAAAAGAUUAUUUAAUUUUUGACUAUGAUAAACUUGGUCAAUGUACAAAUUUACGCAACUACAUAUAUACACAAGAUGAGUUUGAAAACUAUGGUGAAAGUUCAAGUGCAAGUGUUAACGAAAGUUCAAGCGCAAGUAUUAGUGAAAGUUCAAGUGCAAGUAUUAGUGAAA